UGUCAACACAAUUUGUCAUUAUAUCCGAAAUAAAAUGCAAAAAUCAAUCAAAUUUUUAAACAAACUGUUCUCGCGCAGAUAUGCGACACGUCCUAGAUGCGUCCAAGGUUCCGGAGAAAUCUCACAAAAGUACCCCAUAAUAAAUCACGAGGUCGACUGUGUAGUAAUCGGAGCAGGAGGGGCUGGACUUAGAGCAGCAUUUGGUUUAGUACAAGCCGGAUUCAGGGUUGCGUGUGUAUCGAAACUAUUCCCAACGAGAUCUCAUACAGUGGCCGCUCAAGGAGGAAUGAAUGCUGCAAUAAGUACCUUCGAAGAUGAUUAUUGGGUUUGGCAUCAUUACGAUACAGUUAAAGGUUCUGAUUGGUUGGGUGACCAAGACGCCAUCCAUUAUAUGACGCGCGAAGCCCCCAGACUUAUCCAAGAGCUAGAAAAUUUCGGCAUGCCAUUUUCCCGAACGAAAGACGGCAGAAUCUAUCAGCGAGCCUUCGGCGGGCAAACUUUGAAUUUUGGCGCUGGUGGGCAGGCGCAUAGAACGUGCGCAGCCGCAGACGCCACCGGUCACUACAUGUUGCACACCCUCUAUGGACAAGCUUGCAGGCACAACGUGAAGUUUUAUAUUGAAUAUUUCGCUCUGGAUUUACUGAUGGCCGACGAAGAAUGUUUGGGUGUCUUAGCCUGGAACUUGGAAGAUGGCUGUAUGCAUAAGUUUUGGGCUAAGAACACUGUUAUAGCGACUGGUGGUUUCGAGAGGGCCUACUUUUCUUGUACUGCCGCUUUUACCUCCACUGGAGAUGGUUCUGCAAUGGUUACCAGAGCAGGUUUGCCUUUACAGGAUUUGGAGUUUAUUCAAUUUCAUCCAACAGGAAUCUAUGGAGUAGGUGUACUAAUAACAGAAGGUGCCAGAGGCGAAGGUGGCUACUUAGUCAACUCCGCCGGCGAAAGGUUUAUGGAAAAACACGCACCCACAGCCAAAGACUUGGCUUCCAGGGACGUAGUCUCGCGUGCCAUGACCGUUGAAAUCAUGGAAGGUCGAGGUUGCGGUCCCAACAAGGACUACGUCAACCUACAGUUGCACCAUCUACCCAGGGACCUCAUCCUGAAACAGCUCCCAGGAAUAAGACAGACUGCUAUGACGUUUUCGGCCGUAGACGUCUUCCGAGAACCGAUUCCGUGUAUCCCAACUGUUCAUUACACGAUGGGCGGGAUUCCUACUGAUUAUAAAGGACAAGUGAUCACGCAAGUUGCUCCAGGAAAAGACCACAUUGUUAAGGGAUUGUUUGCUUGUGGAGAAGUUGCUUCUUGUGGUGUCCAUGGAGCAAAUAGGUUGGGAGCAAAUUCUCUUCUCGAAACUGUCGUUUUCGGUAAAGCAGUCGCAGACACCAUUCAAGAGCAGGAGUGUCCUGGUGCAAAGGUCCGUACCGAUGACUCUUUAGGUUUAGAAACUCUGCAAAUGUUUGACAAAAUGCGGUACAGCAAAGGCAAAUACAGUGUGGGCGAUUUGAGACUGAAGCUUCAAAAAGCUAUGCAACUCCACGCGGCUGUGUUCAGAACCCAAAAGACCCUCGAAGAAGGCGUGUGCAAAGUAACCGAAUUGUACAAAGAAAUCGACAAUGUUCGCAUACACGACAACGGAUUGAUCUGGAACACGAAUUUAUGUGAAUAUUUGGAAUUGAAGAAUAAGUUUGUGAAUGCAAUGCAAACGAUUAUUUCGAUGGAAGCCAGGAAAGAGUCGCGUGGUGCACAUGCCAGGGAUGAUUUUAAAAUAAGACUUGAUGAAUUUGAUUAUGCAAAACCUUUGAAGAAUCAGAAAAAGAAGCCUUUUGAAGAACAUUGGAGGAAGCAUACCUUGAGCUGGAUGGACAUAGAUAGUGGAGAAGUCUGUCUAACCUAUAGAGGCGUCAAUGAUUGCACCUUAGAUGAAAAGGAAUGUCCACAUGUACCACCAAAAAUUCGGUCGUAUUAAUGUUUAGGUUUUAUGUUCAAUUAUUUAAUAUAAAUUAAAUUC